CCGGAAGUGGUGCCCAGUCGGGACCCGUAGGGAGAGGCGGGUAGCGGCCGACGGCGGCGGCCGUUGUGCGGAGGCUGCGCGGCCAGGCGUAUGGGACCUGUCCUGCAGCGGCUCUCUGAGGCUGUGGGUCGUCGCUGCAGCUGCCGGGAAAGAAGGAAACGACGACUCCGGGGGCGAACUUGGCACGCAGGGAGGAAGGGAAAGGGUGUGUGACGAGGGCUGUGGGUAUGUUUGGCGUCAGGGAGAAGGACCUCAAAACUUGCUUUUCAUAUAGUACUAGUUGAUUGUCGGCUUUGGUUUGGUUUUGUUUUGGAUGACAGAUUCUGGAGACACCAGGCAUCUCCGUUCUUGAGUUUCUGCCGGCUCUUGUCAGUUGAUUCGUUGCCUGAAAUGCAUGGUCAUGGAGGCUACGAUUCUGAUUUUAGUGAUGAUGAACACUGUGGAGAAUCCAGCAAAAGGAAAACAAGGACAGUUGAAGAUGACUUACUCCUCCAAAAACCAUUUCAGAAAGAAAAGCAUGGAAAGGUGGCCCAUAAACAAGUUGCAGCGGAAUUGCUGGAUAGGGAAGAAGCAAGAAAUAGAAGGUUUCAUCUCAUAGCUAUGGAUGCUUAUCAAAGACAUACAAAGUUUGUAAAUGACUAUAUUUUAUAUUAUGGUGGCAAAAAAGAAGAUUUCAAGCGUUUGGGGGAAAAUGACAAGACAGACUUGGAUGUUAUACGAGAAAAUCAUAGAUUCCUAUGGAAUGAGGAGGACGAAAUGGACAUGACUUGGGAGAAGAGACUUGCCAAGAAAUACUAUGAUAAAUUAUUUAAGGAAUACUGCAUAGCAGAUCUCAGUAAAUACAAAGAAAAUAAGUUUGGAUUUAGGUGGCGAGUAGAAAAAGAAGUAAUUUCAGGAAAAGGUCAGUUUUUCUGUGGAAAUAAAUAUUGUGAUAAAAAAGAAGGCUUAAAGAGUUGGGAAGUAAAUUUUGGUUAUAUUGAGCAUGGUGAAAAGAGAAAUGCACUUGUUAAAUUAAGGUUAUGCCAAGAAUGUUCCAUUAAAUUAAAUUUUCAUCACAGGAGAAAAGAAAUCAAGUCAAAAAAAAGAAAAGAUAAAACCAAAAAAGAUUGUGGAGAGUCAUCAUGUAAAAAAUCCAGAUUAUCUUCUGCAGAAGAGGCCUCCAAGAAAAAAGAUAAAGGACAUUCAUCUUCAAAGAAAUCAGAAGAUUCUCUAAAUAGAAACUCUGAUGAGGAAGAAAGUGCUUCAGAAUCGGAACUUUGGAAGGGUCCACUAUCAGAGACAGAUGAAAAAUCACAGGAAGAAGAAUUUGAUGAGUAUUUUCAGGAUUUGUUUCUAUAAGACGAGAGAAACUUAAUGUGAAACUUCAUGAAGUUUUAAACUUCAUGCAAUUUGAAAUUUCAUGUAAGUUUUUAUCUGCGAGUUAUAACUUGUGUGGUUUGUCUUUGGAAAUAAAAAUCUAGGUUCUCUCAGAAUG